CAGCCAACUGCACUUAAAAGUCGGUGCUUUUACUGUUACUUUUGUUAGAUUCUUCUUAAAUAAAUGCUCUUUCCAUCGUAAUCCUCAACCUUUAGAUUCUUUUGCAUUAGCACACAACAAAUGAAAAGAAGCUUUUUAACUUAAAACCCAAUGUUCUCUGAUUUCCCUUCAAUAAUUGGCUCAUAAUUACAAUAAUUUAAAGGGAUUGAUUAAUCUACAUGUUGUUUGUUAUGCAUAUCUGAUAACACCCAAAUUGAAAUCAGUCAUAAGAACACAAAAAGUUAAGAGGUUUUUGGAGUCUUGACACCUUAUUUUAAGUUUAUUGUUUGGAGAGUAGAAAUGGAGGAGAUAGUGAAAAAUGGGAUGUUGGUAUUUGCUGUGAAUGGGAAAAGAUUUGAGGUUGCUAGUGUUGACCCUUCAACUACUUUGCUUCAGUUCUUGCGCACUCAGACUUGCUUCAAAAGUCCCAAACUUGGCUGUGGUGAAGGUGGUUGUGGUGCUUGUGUUGUUCUUCUGUCAAAGUAUGAUCCUCAGCUUAAACGGGUUGAAGAUUUUAGCGUGAGUUCAUGCCUUACACUUCUUUGCAGUUUACAUGGUUGUGCAAUUACUACAAGUGAUGGCCUUGGAAACAACAAGAGCGGUUUCCACUCAAUUCACGAAAGGUUUGCAGGUUUUCACGCUUCUCAAUGUGGAUAUUGCACUCCUGGAAUGUGUGUGUCCUUUUUCUCAGCUCUUAUCAAUGCUGAUAAAGAAAAGUCUAAGUUGACUGCAUCUGAAGCCGAAAAGUCUAUAGUGGGGAACCUUUGUCGGUGUACUGGAUACCGGCCCAUUGCUGAUGCCUGCAAGACUUUCGCAGCCGAUGUGGAUAUAGAGGAUUUGGGGUUCAAUUCUUUUUGGAAAAAUGAAGAUUCCAGGGAUAUAAAAUUGAGUAAGUUACCUCCUUACGACCCGAGUAAGAAUUUUACUACAUUUCCUCAAUUCUUGAAAAGUGAAUCUGCCGCAUGUUUGGACUCCAGCAAGUAUCCAUGGGACACUCCAGUUUCUGUUGACGAGCUUCGAAGUUUGUUGCACUCGGAUUUGUUUGAAAAUGAGGCAAGUAUUAAGCUUGUUGUCGGUAACACAGGCACUGGAUAUUACAAGGAAACCGAGCGUUAUGACUGAUAUAUUGAUCUGAGAUAUAUCCAUGACCUUUCAGUCCUCAAAUUAGAUCACAUAGGAAUUGAAGUAGGGGCUACUGUGACUAUCUCUAAACUUAUUUCAUUCUUGAAAGAGGAAAAUAAAACUAAUUCAAGUUCGUACGGAAAGCUGGUUAGCCAAAAGUUGGCUCAGCAUAUGGAGAAGAUUGCUUCACCAUUUGUUAGAAACUCUGCUAGUGUUGGGGGAAAUUUGAUUAUGGCCCAGAGGAACGGUUUUCCUUCCGAUAUCGCUACAUUAUUUUUUGUCUUAGGUGCUACUAUCUGCAUAAUGACCAGUCAAGGACAUGAAAAACUCACAUUCGAGGAGUUCUUAGCGAGGCCACUACUAGAUGCAAGAAGCGUGCUGCUUAAUUUUUCGAUUCCAUUUAAAAAGGAAGGGAGUUCAACCAGUUCUACGUUUUUGUUUGAAACCUAUCGAGCUUCACCACGACCUCUAGGAAAUGCAUUGGCAUAUGUAAAUGCUGCUUUCCUUGCUGAUGUUUCUCCCCACGGGAAUGAGGUCCUGAUAAAUGAUAUUCAGUUGGCUUUUGGUGCUUAUGGCACAAAGCAUGCGAGAAGGGCCAAAAAAGUAGAGGAAUAUCUAACUGGGAAGAUAUUAAACGUUAAUGUAUUAUUGGAAGCACUUAAUUUAGUCAAGCAAGCCAUAGUACCUGAAGAUGGGACUUCACACGCACAUUACAGGUCAAGCAUGGUAGUCAGUUUUCUUUUCCAGUUCCUUUUUCGCUUCGCCAAUGUUGGUCCCAGGGUAUCUGGUGGGUUGUUAAACAGAAUUAGUAACAAAGACGGUUAUAUUAGUGAAGGGAAACCGGAGAUACUGUUAUCAUCUGCUAAGCAGGUUGUGGAAUCAAGCAAAGAGUACUAUCCAGUGGGUGAACCAAUGAAAAAGUUUGGAGCCUCCAUGCAAGCUUCUGGUGAAGCUGUUUAUGUAGAUGACAUUCCAUCACCACCAAACUGCCUAUAUGGAGCAUUUAUCUAUAGUACAAGACCAUUAGCAGGGGUAAAGGGCAUACACUUUGGAUCUAAUUCAUUACCUGAUGGAGUUACUGCCAUUAUUACUUUUAAGGAUAUCCCGAGCAGAGGGGCAAAUAUAGGAUCUAAGACCAUUUUCGGUCCUGAACCCUUAUUUGCAGAUGAUGUCGCUCGAUACGCUGGUGACCGAAUUGCUUUUGUGGUUGCUGAAAGUCAGAAGUCUGCUGAUGUGGCUGCAAGCAUGGCCAUUGUUGAAUAUGACGCUGAAAAUAUAGAUUCUCCUAUUUUAACCGUUGAGGAAGCCGUUCAGAAAUCCAGUUUUUUCCAAGUCCCACCAUUUCUAUAUCCAAAAGAAGUUGGUGAUUUCUCAAAAGAAAUGGCUGAAGCUGACCACAAGAUCCUCUCUGCUGAGGUGAGACUUGGGUCUCAGUACUAUUUUUAUAUGGAGACACAGACUGCUCUAGCUGUUCCAGAUGAAGAUAACUGUAUGGUUGUCUAUGCAUCAAGUCAAUGCCCCGAGUAUGCAGGUAGUGUAAUUGCUAGUUGUCUUGGUGUCCCCGAGCAUAACAUCCGUGUCGUUACAAGAAGGGUUGGAGGUGGCUUUGGAGGCAAGGCAGUGAGAGCAAUGCCGGUCUCCACUGCCUGUGCACUUGCAGCGCUCAAGUUACAACGCCCUGUCAGGAUAUAUGUCAACCGAAAGACUGACAUGAUAAUGGCAGGAGGGAGACACCCCAUGAAAAUAACAUACACUGUUGGAUUCAAGUCAAAUGGAAAAAUCACCGCCUUACAUCUUGAUAUAUUGGUAAAUGCUGGGAUCACCGAAGAUGUUACCCGUCAUAUCGCGGCUCUCAAAAAGUAUGAUUGGGGUGCUUUAUCUUUUGAUAUAAAAGUAUGUAAGACGAACCUCUCCAGCAAAUCAGCUAUGCGUGGGCCCGGGGAGGUGCAAGGAUCUUAUGUUGCCGAAGCUAUAAUGGAACAUGUAGCAAGUGUACUGUCUCUGGAGGCGGACUCCAUCAGAAAUGAAAAUAUUCAUACCUUUGAAAGUCUAACGUUAUUCUACGAGCAUAGCGCAGGAGAUAUAGGUGAUUAUACUUUGCCAAGUAUCAUUGAUAAGUUGGCCACAUCCUCGAGUUUCGUUCAAAGAAGAGAGAUGAUAGAACAAUAUAACCAGAAAAAUAUAUGGAAGAAAAGGGGCAUUUCUCGAGUGCCGCUUGUAUAUGAAUCUACACAACGACCAACGCCUGGAAAAGUAAGCAUUCUGUCGGAUGGAUCGGUAGUUGUAGAGGUUGGAGGUAUUGAAAUUGGUCAAGGUUUAUGGACAAAGGUCAAGCAAAUGACUGCCUAUGGUCUUAGUUUAAUUGAAAGUAGUUGGAGUGAAGAACUUGUGGAGAAAGUACGUGUCAUACAAGCAGACACUUUAAGCUUAGUGCAAGGCGGGUUUACUGCUGGAAGCACUACAUCUGAAUCGAGCUGUGAAGCAGUUAGACUUUGCUGUAAAAUAUUAGUUGAAAGACUAACCCCUCUGAAGAUGAAAUUGCAAGAACAAAAUGGUUCCGUUGAUUGGACUACACUGAUUUGCCAGGCACAAUUUCAAGCAGUAAACUUAGCAGCAAAUUCUUAUUAUGUGCCAGAAUCCAGCUCCAUGCAAUAUCUGAACUAUGGUGCUGCUGUCAGCGAGGUGGAGAUAGAUAUCCUGACAGGAGAAACAAAAAUUUUGCAAUCGGAUAUUAUAUAUGACUGUGGACAGAGCUUGAACCCAGCUGUUGAUAUGGGACAGAUUGAAGGGGCUUUUGUACAAGGGAUUGGAUAUUUUAUGCUCGAAGGAUAUCUUACAAACGCAGACGGAUUGGUUGUUUCAGAUAGCGCUUGGACAUAUAAGAUCCCCACAAUUGACACAAUACCCAAAAAUUUCAAUGUUCAAGUGCUAAACAGCGGACAUCACAAGAAACGUGUUCUCUCGUCUAAAGCAUCUGGUGAACCGCCACUGCUUUUGGCAUCCUCAGUUCAUUGUGCCACAAGAGCAGCCGUUAAAGCAGCAAGAAAACAGCUUAAACUUUGGGGCAAGCUCAACGGGUCGGAUACAAGAUUCUAUCUGGAUGUCCCUGCCACAUUACCUGUAGUGAAAACACAGUGUGGCCUGGAUUAUGUGGAGAAAUACUUGGAAACUUUGCUUGAGCAGGAAAUCUAGCUGAAUGCCUGAUUUCUAGCUUUUGGAGAUAUACUCUAUGGUCCGGAUUAUGCUGUGUUGCUCAGUUCUUCAAAAAUGCCGCACCACCCAUUUUGGGUCCUCCAAUAAUGCACUGAUCCGACAUGCAUCCGUCAAUAUUUUUGAAGAGUUCGAGCAACAUAGAUCUUAUAUAUCAACAAAGGCAAAUACUUUACUCUUUUGCUUGAAAAAGGACUUGCAUUGUUCUGUUCCAUCAAUAGCGUACAAAUUUUGUAUUUUCAUGCAUACAAGCCUUACCUUAAAUCUACAA